CUUUUUAUUUUUCUUAAUGAUACAGGUUAAAUAGGAAGGAUAUAGUUAUAUGUUGUAUGUAUACAGUGCAUAUGUGUAGGUGCUACUUUACUUUUCCCGGUGUCCUCAGUCAUUCAAGAUUGCAAAGAUUUUACAAAUUCCUUGCGUUUCCUGUACGGUAGGUGGCGGUAUACACCACAGCUCGGUAAUCCCCCAGCAAAUUAAACGAAGAAGUAAAGAAAAGAAGUCGUAUGGCGGAAGUCAGCUGACUAGCCUUACGUUAUCAGCAGAGAAAAACAAUAAACUAAUGCGUACGGUAUAUGUAUCGAUAGAGACUAUAUUUGCCAGUCUCAUACGUUUAGGUGUCAUCGGGAAGAAAAUACAGCAUGGCUCUAAUAACUGCCAACUGGAAUCCGAUGGGAGAAGCUUUUUACCGUAAAACCGAGCUGUAUGAGAUGAGUUGGAACCUGAGAGAUGGACUCAAAGACUGCUUGAUGGCGGCGGCACCAUACGGCGGCCCGAUAGCUCUCCUCAGAGAACCUCUUAGACGUUCACCAAGUUGUCGUCCCCAGUUGGAGAUUUAUUCUGCUUCUGGUGUUGCCAUUGCCAGUUUUCCGUGGAAAAGCGGACCUGUGAUCCAGCUGGGUUGGACAGUGUCGGAUGAGUUGUUGUGUAUUCAAGAAGAUGGUUCAGUUCUGAUUUAUGACCUGUUUGGAUCCUUCAAGAGACACUUCAGCAUGGGACAGGAAGUGGUGCAGUCUCAGGUCUUAGAAGCCAAGGUGUUCCAUUCUCCUUACGGGACAGGUGUUGCCAUCAUAACGGGAUCUUUUCGCUUCACCUUGGCAACCAACAUCACCGAUUUAAAACUUAGGAGGUUACCCGCCGUCCCAGGCCUGCAGGCGGCGCCGUCCUGUUGGGUUGUCCUCACGCAAGACCGCCAGACCAAAGUAUUGUUGGCUACUGGAUCUGAACUCUACAUCCUGGACAAUACUUCCUGCACCCCUGUGUGUGCUCCAGGACUCAGUCCUCAGACGGGCAACAUCCUCCAUAUGUCGGCGUCAUUCAAUUACAAAUAUCUUGCUCUCUUCACCGACACCGGACACCUGUGGACAGGCUUAGCUCAGCUUCAGAGCAAGCUGAGCGAGGUCGACACCAAAGUGAGGACGCCACCCAAACAGAUGGUCUGGUGUCGGAGACCAAAAUCCCAGCAACCAUCUGUAGUGAUGGUGUGGGACCACCUCCUCCUAGUGGCCGGAGUGUGCAACGACAUCAUCCAAUUCCCACUCGACAGUCGGUGCGUUUGUGUCGGCGAGCUGGAUGGCGUUCGGAUCAUCAGUUCAAUCAAUCAGGAGCUGCUGCAGGAAGUUCCGGUCGUCUGUCAGGACAUCUUUAAAAUCGCUUCCAUGGCGCCUGGGGCCUUGCUGCUGGAAGCCCAUCGCGAGUAUGAGAAGUCCAGUCAAAAGGCUGAUGAGUACCUGCGGGAAAUCAAGGAGCAAGGAAUGCUGGCAGAGGCGGUUCGACAGUGCGUUGAGGCGGCAGGACACGAAUACGACUCCAACACCCAGAAGUCUCUGCUGCGGGCGGCAUCCUUCGGGAAAUGUUUCCUGACAGACUUCAGUCCGGAGCACUUUGUAGCCACCUGUCGAGAGCUACGCGUCCUGAAUGCCGUCAGAGAGUGCAGCGUGGGUCUGCCACUCACGCACACGCAAUUCAAACAGAUGACCCUGCAGGUGCUGAUUGACAGGCUGGUGUACCGUCAGUUCUAUCAGUUGGCGAUAGAAAUCUGCCGUUACCUGAAGAUUCCGGAUUUUCAGGGGGUCAGCAGGGUUCUCAAGCACUGGGCUGCGUGUAAAGUCCAGCAGAAGGAACUCUCGGAUGAGGCCAUAGCCAGGGCGGUGUGCCUGAAGGUGGGGGACUCCCUGGGUGUGUCGUACUCGCACAUCGCUGCCAAAGCCUUUGAAUGUGGACGAACGGAGCUCGCCAUCAAGCUGUUGGAUUCGGAGGCUCGGUCCGGGGAGCAGGUUCCUCUUUUGUUGAAGAUGAAGAGGAGUCAGCUGGCUCUCAGUAAAGCCGUCGAGAGCGGGGACACCGACCUGGUUUACAUGGUUGUCACUCACCUGAAGAAUGAGAUGAACCGAGGAGAUUUCUUCAUGACGCUCCGAAACCAACCUGUCGCUCUGAGUCUCUACAGACAAUUUUGUAAACUGCAGGAACAAGAAACUCUGAGGGAUCUUUAUAACCAGGACGACGACCAUCAGGAGCUGGCCAACUAUUAUGUCGCCACCAGUUACAGAGAGAAGAGGUUAGACAGCCGUCUGUCCCACCUGCAGAGUGCCGUCGACGAAUACAACAAAGCCAAAAAUGAGUUUGCUUCCAAGGCCACCGAAGACGAGAUGCGCCUCCUCCGUUUCCAAAAGAAACUGGAUGAUGAGAAGGGCGCCGGACUUAUGGGCUUGUCGCUCCAGGCAACCAUGGAAACUCUGCUGAUGUUGGGACUCUACAAGCAGACGGAUCAACUUUAUCGAGACUUCAAAGUCCCCGACAAGAGGUAUUGGUGGUUGAAACUUAAGUCUUUGGCAGAGAAGGAGGAGUGGGAAGAGUUGGAGAAGUUCUCCAAGAGUAAAAAGUCCCCAAUCGGGUACCUGGCCUUUGUGGAGGUCUGCAUCAAGAAAAAUAACAAGCAUGAGGCCAAGAAGUACAUUUCCAGAGUGACGCCCGAGCAGAAGGUCAAAGCUCACCUGGCCGUCGGUGACCUCGAAGGGGCUGCAGACGCGGCGAUCGAACGCAGGAACGAAGCAGAAAUAUCGGCGGUGCUCGCAAGAUGCUCCGCCUCGGAUCGCUUGUUGACCGACAGGUUAAAUCGAGCCAAGUUGUCCACUGCCAAAAAGUGACCUGGCGGUUAUCUCGGCCGCCACCUUGACCCGAUGUAAGUGCUUGAAGGAAGAUGAGGCUCCUCCAUCCGCCCCCUCAAUCCAUUGCUAUUGCUAGGCGCCUUUUGGAUUUGCUCACUUGAUUGGCUUUGACGGUUAUCCGCAUUACGUGACGGUCAAACUGUAUCAUUACUCGCAGCCAAUCAGCGCACGAUCACCAGUGUCAAACUCGAGGCCCGGUGGCUGAUCUGGAUGCCGUGUCUUUUUUUUUUUUUCCAUUGGGUCCACGAAAGCAAAUGGGUCUUGCCCAGAUCUCACAGUUGGACCGUGAUUGCAAUUUGUCUCGACUGAGCAGAUUGUACAAGCGUUAUUUUUUUUUUUUCUUAACAUUAUUUGAAUAAUAAUUCUUAUUUGCUCGCCAUAAUA